AUGUAUUUCCAGUGUAUAAAGGUUCACAAGGAUGAGACUGAUCUGAAUCUGUCACAUUUUUUCCCAACAGGGCCGGGGAGCAGCAGCCAACUCCCUGGGGAAUCAGAACUGAGGAUCAUCCUUGUCGGUAAGAGUGGAGGUGGGAAAAGUGCAACACGAAACACCAUCCUUGGGUGGGAGAAGUUUAAGUCCAUACUGGCGGCAGCACCCGUUACUCAGACAUGCACUGAAGGCAGCAGGACCUGGAAAGGAAGGAAGGUUGUGGUUAUCGACACACCUGCUAUUUUUGACACAGAGCACUCUAAUGAACAAACCACCCGUGAGAUCUGUCGCUGUGUCGCGCUGUCCUCCCCAGACCCCUACGCUCUGGUGCUGGUGAUCCAGCUGGGCCGGUUCACUCAGGAAGACCAGCGUGCCGUGAGGAGAGUACAAGAGAUUUUUGGCCCCGAGGCCAUGAAGUACACAAUCGUCUUAUUCACCGGCAGAGACUUACGGAGUGGAACCCUGGAGGAGUAUAUCUCCCACUCAGAUAACAAACAUCUUCGGCAGCUGAUCGAACAGUGUCAGGGCCGAUACUGCGCUUUCAACAAUAAAGCUACAGGGGAGGAACAGGCUGCCCAGGCUGAAGAGCUGAUGACUAAGAUUGCUCAUAUGGUGAAGGAGGAGAAUAAAGACCAUCUGGUGUGUAAAGCACCCGAGAAGCUUCUAAAAGAAAGUAAAAAUAAGAUGUCUGAAGUGGAAGAUGAGAUGCAAGUGGAUAUACAGGAAGGAGAUCAAGUGGAAGAGCACUCAUCCAGGGAAACAGGGAAAUCCCACAGGAAAACAACAACACUGCUGAGAGAAGAAAACAAAACAAUCAUCAUUCAUGAUCCACUGAAUACUCCCCUCAUUGAGUCUGCCAUCAUCCUUCUCAAAAACCCCGCUGAGAUCUCCUCUUUCACCGGCAACUGCCCACUUUCCACCUUUAUUAGCAACAUCUCAUACGAGUUUAACUCUUCUCACCUACCUAACAAGCUCUGA